UAAAUAUAUUAUAAAUCUGAAACAUAAUUAUAUUUAUGCGGUACUGUGAACAGAAGAUGGAUUACGUGAUGAUAAAAGACAUCAGACCUGGUUUGAAAAAUAUCAACGUGGUGUUCAUUGUACUGGAGGUUGGCCAUCCGACAGUGACUAAGGAAAACCGUGAGGUACGGACUUGCAAGGUUGCCGAUUCAACUGCAUGUAUUAAUGUUUCUAUUUGGGAUGAACCAGGACAGCUUUUGGUUCCAGGUGAUAUAGUCCGCCUAACAAAAGGUUAUGCGUCGAUUUGGCGCAACUGCCUUACCUUAUAUUCUGGCAAAACUGGUGAUAUACAAAAAAUUGGUGAAUUCUGCAUGGUGUUUAAUGAGCAAUUAAAUAUGAGUGAACCAAAUCCUGCUUUAGCUGUACAGAUUAAUCAAACAUCAGGAACUCCCAACAAUAACUGUGUUAUUGGCAAUAACAAUGGUAAUAACAACAAUGGCGGUCAGGUCGGCCGCCAUUCUGCUGUACAAAGUUCUCAAACUACACCUACAGUUCAACAGAAUUCUGUGAGUACAGCGAAGGGGAAUGGAAGUGGUACCCGUUUCAGUGGGGAACAGGUGGGAGGGGGGAAACCUCAGGGCAAAGGAAGCCAAAGAGGAAAGGGUGGUCAUAGGAAUGGUACACGUGGAGAGAGACGAUAAUGGAUAUUUUCUGAAAUGACCCGGAAGUACGCUAGUAGGUGGUUUAAUUUUAUGGUAAACAAUGUGAUGUAAGUUGGUACAUUAACUUCUCAAUAGAUUUGUUUUUACAAAAAUGGAUUUAUUUGCAUGCACUGGAGGUACUUAUUGUAUUUGCCAUCAAUUUACGGAAGGAGAUUUAUGUGUUAAAGUAAAAUUUCCCGUGUAUCUUACACAUCAAAUUAAAAUGUUUAAUGUUC